UUUAACAAAGAUGUCAAAUAACGAAACGAACACGUCAGCGCUAUUACUGUCUCCUUUGAUUCUGACAUCACUCGGUAUAUACCUAACAAUUGCAAUAGUAAUUGGUACUCUCGCAAAUGGAUCCGCUCUUUAUGUCUUCCUCACCAACAAACAGCUUCGUUCGCCUACCAAUAUGUUUAUCAUAAGCUUGAUAACAUGCGACUUCCUCAUGUGUACAGUAGGAGCACCAUUACCUGCUGCCUCAAAUUUUGCACACAGAUGGUUGUGGGGAUGGUCGGGAUGUGUCUUCCAUGGAUUUACUGUAUAUGUAUUAGGCUUGAGUAAUUUGUAUAUAUUAGCUGCCAUUUCUGUGGACCGAUACAUUAUUAUAGCAAAGCCUCUUCAAGCUUCCAAAAUAAACCACAGAGUUGUUGGUAUUUCAAUAUUUUCAUGUUACUUUUUUGGAUUCUUCUGGAGCUUUAUGCCUCUUGUUGGAUGGAGUGAAUAUGCAUUUGAAGGCGCUGGAACAGCCUGUGGUAUAUCAUAUGACUAUAAUAAUGCUUCAGCGUUUAGUUACAAUAUAGCUAUAUUCAUAAACUGUUACUGGAUACCAAUCUUCAUUAUGAUUUAUAGUUAUUAUUAUGUCUUCAUGACGAUUCGGUCCAUGGCGAGAAAUACUGCAUUUGACAGAAAAAGCAGAAUAGCUAAAAGGAACUUAAGAAUUGAAAAGAAAAUGGCAAAAACUAUAGCUUUAAUGAUUGGUGUGUUUAUGUUUGCAUGGACGCCGUAUGCAGUCACUGCAUUCUGGGUUGCAUUUGGUUUUGGUGAAUUACCUGUUAUUGUUUCAACCUCGGCCGCCAUGUUUGCAAAAUCAGCAUCUGUAUGGAAUCCUCUAAUUUACGUCUAUACAAACAAACAAUUUCGCAAAGCAUUUUAUGAGAAAAUUCCCUGUUCUGGUUUUCGUUCAAAACUUAUUAAGAAGGAAGAGGAGAAAGAAAUGGAAUCAGAAGAAUCUGAUAUAGAUGAUAAAUCAAAGACAACAGGACAAAAAGUUACACAUCUUAAGGUUCAAAAUAAGCGACGUGGCGUGACGCCCAUUAACGAUGACGAUGACGCAGGUGAAAUAACUAUUUGUGAAGACAUUGUAGCUGAUGCAAUUACACUUGAUGACGACGGUAAGAAAGAAGAAAUUGAAAUAAAAGAUUUAUGUGGAUCACAUCAAGCUUAGAGGUAUAAUUUACUUGUGUUGAAAGCAAAUAUUUUUUUAACAUUUUUCAUAAACAAAGAUAAGGUAAAAAAAACAACUUCUGAAAUCUUAUUUCAAGCUGUUGUGCUUAGAUGUCGAUCUUAUAAAAAAAAGAAAUCAAUGAUAUAUUUUAACUUGAUAAAUCAAAUGUUUUCGAUUUUUUAUGAACUAGUUAAUAACAAAGGAGAAGCUUAAGUUGGGAAAGACAACUUUUUGGCCCUUUUGAUUCGAUUAUGGAUUAUAGCUUAGCAAAAACAAUUGUCAGCCCUUCAAAAUAUUCUCUGUCAGAUGUCCAUAUGGCACUGAUUACUAUUAGUAUUUGCGAUACCAAUAAUAAUUUAUUUGUGUCUAGAAAUACUUCUCUAUGCUUUCAAACAUCUAAAAUUUUAGAAAAAAAGACAUACUAUUGAAAAACUGCUCCGUUCUUGGAACUUUCCGUUAAUAUCUAGAUACAGCCGAAAGCCUUAUCCCAAAAAUGUUUUGCAUAAAGAUCUAUUCAAAUAGAAUGUUGAUACAAGUCAGUUGUGUUUUUUUGGUAAAGUGAUGCUAAAAUUAUUUUUAAUGUAAACUUUUGACCUUUUUUAAAUGUAUUAAGGUAGUAGACAUCGUUUGCUCACACAUCCUUCUUAACAAAUACAUGAACCACAAUAAAACUUGCAAAUAAAACUUUCAGAAAGUUUUAAAUACUAAGAGGCAUUAUGCUCCUUUUAUUCAUGUUUAAAUUCACAUAUGUUGGGGUUCACUAUUGCAAAAUAUACUAUGUUAGUUCUUCUUUUGCGGCUA